AUGUCCCUCUCGACCCAUUACCAAUGGCGAGCGCUGCAGCUGCAGGCCUUCGGAAUGCCUGAGAACAAUGGUGUUGCGUCGGCAAGACUGUUCGACGCCUCCUUGAACCUCCUCCUGCCAGCAGUAGUACUUCUCCACCUCUUCUGCUCUCCGUAUACCAAAGUCGAGGAAUCGUUCAAUAUCCAGGCAACUCACGACAUCCUCGAAUACGGCAUCUCGUUCAGCAACUCCACAGAACUGAUCGCCACCAAAUACGACCAUGUUGACUUCCCAGGCUCUGUCCCUCGAACCUUCGUCGGCGCUGUCGUGCUCGCUGGUCUCGCCUCCCCAUUCCGCAGCCUCUUUUCGUCCCCAGACCAGGUCCAGCUCUUCGUCCGCGCCAUCCUAGGACUGGCCAACGCGGCAGCGCUCUGGCACAUGCGGUAUGCGGUCGAGACGGCGUACGGGAAGGCGGCCGGACGAUGGUUCAUCCUGCUUUCGGCGAGCCAGUUUCAUGUGAUGUACUAUGCUUCGCGGACACUUCCGAACAUGUUCGCCUUCAUCUUGACGACGGUCGCGCAGCGGAACCUGAUCAUGGUCAAGUCGAUGGCUUCGAAGUCGCGGGUCAGCGUGAAGCGAAGACGGGUAGCGCUGUACCUGCUCACCAUCGCUGGUGUUGUAUUUCGGUCUGAGAUCGCUAUACUGCUCGCUGCGGAAACGGCUUACAUGCUUGUCCAACGGAGGGCUUCUCUGACCAACGAGGUUAUACCAGCCGGCUUACUGGGUGUCUCCAUCGGCUUACUCGCGACAAUCAGCAUCGACUCGGUCUUCUGGCAAUCCUUUCCAACCUGGCCAGAGUUCGUCGGCUUCUACUACAACACGAUCCUUGGCAAGUCGUCAGAAUGGGGCACCAGCCCCUUCCACUACUACUUCACCAAUGCGCUCCCUCGCCUGCUGCUGAAUCCAAUGGUCAUUACCGUAUGCCUUCCGCUAGCGUUGUCGUCGAAAACGAUUGGACGAACCAGCAGCGAUGUUCUGAUACCACAUCUCGCCUUCAUCGCAGCCUACAGCUUACUGCCCCAUAAAGAAUGGAGGUUCAUCAUCUACAGCAUCCCUGCUUUCACCGCGGUAGCUUCUUCAGCGGCUGGGUGGUUCUGGACUCGAAGGGGCAAGUCGAUGCUUUACUGGACGUUGAACAUGCUUAUGAUACUGUCGACGAUUGCGUCCUUUGUGACCAGCCUAGGACUCCUGUACAUCUCCAGCCUCAACUAUCCAGGCGGCCAAGCGGUGCAUCGCCUGCACCAAAGGACCAUCGCUGAGGCCAACGAGUCCGUACGAGUCUACAUGGGCAACCUAGCAUGCCAAACAGGCGUCACGCGCUUCCAGCAAGUGCGGCCCUCAUGGACCUACGACAAGACAGAAAAUAACACGAAACUGCACGAUCCAAUGUUCUGGCAGCAGUUCGACUACGUCCUCUCAGAGGUGCCGGAGCGGGUCAUCGGAACAUGGACGCCCGUCGAGAUUGUGUCUGGCUACGCUGGUGUUACGAUCAAACCUGAGGAAGAUGAUGAUGAACUUCCCAUGCCGAGCGGUGCGUUGCAGAUACUACGAGGGCCGAAGAAGCUUUACGUGUCGAUCGCGAGUUUUGUGAGAAGCAGGGUGACGAAGGGUUACUGGCCGGUACCGAAGAUGGAUCCGAAGAUUUAUAUCCUGCAGAAGCAGCCGACGGCGAUGCUGUCUCAGACGUAG